AUGCGCCUCAUAAUCGGCAAACUACACCAGGCGGGUAGCUUUAACGGUGACAAACUCAUCAAAUACUACCGUUGCUUGUUCCAGGCGAUUCUUUACCGUGGCCAUGAUGCUGCCUUCCAGGUAAUAGACGAGGUCAAGGAGAUGAUCCGAACCGGCUUGAAUUCCGAGGGUGCAACAAGUUGGCCAGAGGAUGAGCUUCAGUUUCUUGCGGCGAUAUCGUUCAACGAAGGCAUCGACUGGUUCGCUGUUGGCCGCGAAGACCUUGCCCGGCAGUGGGUUCUUUCAGCAGCCAGUUUGGCGGACCAGUGCCACGACGGGGGGGCACUCAAGACGUUGAUCAGCGCCAGGUUCGGACUUCUCAAUAUCGGUGACUUGGAGGUCAAGGAGUCUAUCGAGCGAGACAUUCACGAGACUGCUGAUACAAACGGCACAGCGCCUGACGACGACUCGACUUUUUGA